UUCCGGGGGUUGUAUUUACAAAGCGUAACGUUACGCGGCAGAGACCCAUGUGAUCGCAGAGAUGGCGACCGGGGAUGGCAGCAUGUUGGAGAGCUGCUUACAGUUACUAAACAGCGACACAGCACACCCGGAUCUAUUUCUCAGUGUCCAGGAUGCUCUGGCAACAGACUUCAAAUCACUUACCAAGACUCUUUAUGAUCUGCAUAAAGCCCAUGAGCCUGCAGACUGCAAAGGAAGCCCACUGGAGCAGCUGGUCAUCGAAAACUUUGAUGAGGAGCAGAUCUGGCAGCAGCUGGAGCUUCAGAACGAUGCAUUACUGACACAUUUUGAGGAGGCAGUUGAACAAGCUGUCACAGAUGACACUAUAACAUUUUUUGAUGAUGAUGAUGAUGAUGAUGAAGAGGAGGAGGAAGAUGGUGAUAAUGGGGAAAUUGCUAAUAAUUUAGAAGAAGAGAGUGCAGAGGAAGAUGAGGAUGAUGAUGAUGAGGACAAAGAGGAGGAAAUUAAGCAGAGGUUGAAACCAUCUGCAAGCAAUGAGGACGAUGACUUCUCUGGUGAAGACUCGGAUUUGGACUUUGAUGUAGAUAAAUUUGAGGAAAAAACCAAACAGAAACAGUCAGCUGCCAAAUUAUCAAAGUCAAAAUCUCAUAGGACUCCAUCAGAAGUAGAUGACAGGUUUUUUAAACUGUCAGAAAUGGAAGCUUUUUUGGAUGACAUGGAUAGAAGAGAAGGAAAGGACAGCGUAGAGGACAUAGACUACUUUCAGAAUUUGCCAUCUGAUGAUGACGAGGAACUAAGCUUUGAUAAACCUGUAGCGCUCACAAAACAGGAAAAGAAGAAAAGCUCCAGAGAUAUGAAAUACAAAGAUUUCUUUGCUCCAGUGGAUGCAGAGCCAGAAGAGAUGGAUCCAGAUGAAGAGAAGGAACCAGAAUCUAGUGAUGAUUAUGAGGGAGAAGAAGAUGAUGGCAAUGAGCUGGAGGAGGAGGAUGAAGAUGAUAUGAAUGAGGAGGAUUUUGAGAUGGAUGAGGAUGACACAGGUGAUGGAGCAAGAAAUGCUUUACGCAAGGUGACCUUUGACCUCCCUGACGAUGACAGUGAGGGGGAGGAUGUGGAAGAUAUUCUAGGUGGAAAAGCCAAAAACGUGCCUAAACCGGAGUCCAAGUCAUCCUUUGAAAAGAGACAGGAAAAGAUGGCAAAAAAGAUUGAAGAACUGGAGAACGCUGCAUUGUCCGAGAAGCCGUGGCAGCUGACAGGAGAGGUGAGCGCUCAGACUCGACCGGAGAACAGCAUGCUGGAAGAGGAUGUGGCGUUUGACCAGGCCUCUAGGAUGGCUCCAGCCAUCACAGAAGAAACUACCUUACAGCUUGAGGAGAUUAUCAAACAGAGAAUCAAAGAUCAGGUGUGGGAUGAUGUGGUAAGGAAGGAGAAGCCUAAAGAGGAGGUGUUUGAAUAUAAGAAGAGACUCACUCUGGACCACGAGAAGAGCAAACUGAGUCUGGCUGAGGUUUAUGAGCAGGAGUAUAUCAAACAGACACAGGAAAAGAAGGAAGAGGAAGAGAACCCAGCGCAUAUAGAAAUCCAGAAACUUAUGGACACACUCUUCCUUAAACUGGAUGCGCUAUCAAACUUCCACUUCACACCAAAACCACAUAUUCCUGAGGUGAAAGUGGUUUCCAACUUACCUUCUAUAACUAUGGAGGAAGUGGCUCCAGUCAACGCCAGUGACGCCACACUUCUGGCUCCAGAGGAGAUUAAGGAGAAGAAUAAGGCAGGAGACGUACUCGGAGACACAGAGAAAACCACUACAGAUAAGAAACGAGAGAGACGCAAGAAGAAGAAACUGAAGCGUCUGAAGAUUCAAGAGCGGGAGAAGAGACAGAAAGUCAAAGAGGUGAUGAAAGGAGGAGACAAGAAGAAGAGUAAAGCUGAGGUUGAACAGACUCUCAAGAAACUUACUAAAGGAGGAAAAGCCAAAAUACUCACGAAUGAUGGCAUGGAUAAGGCCCUGCGUUCCUCUCAAGCCUUCUUCUCCCAGUUACAAGACCAUGUCAAGAGCCAAAUCAAGGGCUCAAAGGGCCAGACGGCAAAGAAGAAGAAACAAAAAGAGAUUUCUGUAAACAAGCUUAAGUUGUAAUGUUGACUUGUGUCAAAAGCAGUAUGUACAGUUGUUAGUUUUAAGAGAAAUCUAAUUGUUGUAUCCUGUCAUUUUUUUAUUAAAAUACAGCUUUCUUUUUCCUGUA